GCACUUCCGGCCCAAAACGGAAGGCCGUUCACUGCUGCUGUUGGGGCGGGCUCUGUGUGAGUGCCGUUGAUGGAGUGCUGCUUUCGGGUUCCCUUGUGGCACGAAGGACUUUCGCAUUUGCAGGUUAUUCUACCUGGAACGCCUCCCAGGAUGGACUUCCCCAGCUCCCUCCGCCCCUCAUUGUUCCUGACUGGCCCCCUUGGUGUGAGCGAUGUCCCCGACCUGUCCUUUAUGUGCAGCUGGAGAGACGCGCUGACCCUGCCAGAGUCCCCACCCCAGGACUGUAAGAACACAGCUCCGCACUUGGCCGAGGCCCUGCUAUGGGAGCCAGCGAUGCCUGGGCCCCUCCCGCUGCUGCCUCCCUGUCCCGACCCCUGGGACCCUGGUGUGACCGCACAGGACCUCCUUUUCCGAGGCGGUUUCCGCUACCGGAGGCAGCCCCAGGUCGUGUUGGACGUCACUGAACAGCUCAGCAGGUUCCUGUGGAAUCAUGGGGACAUAGCCUUUGGUCCCCUGGGGAAGAUGAUGCUGGAGAAUUUCAAACUGGAGGGAGGCCGGAACCGCUCUAAGAAGAUGACAGUGGUCAGCGCUAAGAGGCUGCUGCAGGACCUCGGUGGACACCAGCCCUGGGGGUGUCCCUGGGCCCACCUCAGCCACCGACUGCGCCGCUUCGCCAUCGUUGGGGGCCCGGUGCUGGGCAAGUCAGUGUCGAGUCUGCUGGGGAGGCUGCUGCACGAGGAGCUGGCCACGCGCUGGGAGCAGCUGCUCCUGGAUGAGGCCUUCACUGGAGGCACCCUGGCCUGGCUGCCUGGAAGGACCCCGCAGGUGGGCCAGCUGGUCUACCCAGCUGGCGGUGCCCUGGACAGGCUUCGUUUCCAGGAGGUCAGUCUGACCUCAGGCAGUGACCCCCAGGUCCUUGGGGACCCUGGGUGCAUCCAGCUCCAGGGACCUGUGCGCCAGGUGGUGACCAACACUGUCCAAGGAGAAACGCUGCUGGCUGUGCGCUCUGACUACCACUGUGCUGUGUGGAAGGUGAGGAGGCAGCGGCGGCCGGCCCCUCUGCAGGUGCUGCGGGUUGCGAAGGGGGCCACGGGGAUCAGUCUCAGCCCUCACCUCCCUGGGGAGCUGGCCAUCUGCAGCCGUUCCGGAGCCGUCUGUCUGUGGACCCCCCAGGAUGGGCUGCAGCAAGUCUACAAGGACCCAGAGACCCUGGUGUUCCGGGACCCUUCUCCCUGGCGUUGGGCAGACUUCACUGCCCAUCCCCGGGUGCUGACUGUGGGUGACCGCACUGGAGUGAAGAUGGUCGACACUCAGGGCCCCCCGGGAUGUGGUCUGCUGCUUUUCCGGGCAGGGGCUGAGGCCUCCUGCCAGAAAGGGGAACGUGUCCUGCUCACGCAGUACCCGGGGCAGUGCAGCCCCGAGUCACUGCCCCCGACUCUGCAUCUCAUCUGUACCCAGUUCUCGCUCUACCUGGUGGAUGAACGCCUGCCCCUGGUGCCCAUGCUUAAGUGGAAUCAUGACCUCCCCUCCCCCGCCCUGCUGGCCCGCCUGCUGCCUCCAGCCGGUCCUGGCUGCCCACAGCCUCUGUUCUUGGGUGGCCUAGGUGGGCAGGUACAGCUGCUGCAUAUCACAGGAAAGGAGGCCUCUGCACCCCGACUGGCCGGGCCCCCCCAGUCUCUACCUUCCCUGACUGACUGCCUCUCUGCAUUUCCCCUGCUGGAGCCCAAGAGCCACCAGCAGCUGCAGGAGCGACUGGAAGCGCCAACCAUAGGUCUGGCCUGUGCCUCCCCGCCCAGUGCCUCCACUCCCACAGCGUGGCUCUUCCAGCUCUCGGCAGCUGGGGAUAUCUUCUACCAGCACCUCGCUCUCCAAGCAGCGACCAGUUUCCACCGAGACUGCGGGCCUCCUGGCGACCCCAGGCCCGACUCCCCUGCACCCAGGGCAACAGCACCUCCUAUGGAUCAGAGGCCCCCACCCUCCUGGUCCCCCCAGGUCACUGCCUGGUGCAGCCGCUGGCUGGAGGCCCUGCUGCAGGUGCCGCCUGCAUCCCCUGUGUGGACUGCACCCACCUUUUCCCAUCGCCGCCUGCUAGGCCGCCUGGAGCCCCAGCCGGUGGAGGGGAAAGUGCCUCAGGCUCUGCGGGCGGCCAUGGCCAGGGGGCGGAUUCUGCAGCAGAGGGACCUGGGCCUGCUCCCUCGGGCAGAGCCACCCCCUGCCCCUGAGCCAGGCCCACAGGAUGAGCUCAGUGAGCGUCUGGAGGCAGCCUGGGAAGGCCAGGGGGCUACAUGGUGGAAGAGACAGCAGGGUAAGGCCUCGGAGCCAGGGAAGCAGACCAAGCGGCCCAAGCGCCGCACUCCGCUGUCCAGCACCUUCUCUUCGCUCACCAGCUGCUUGGACUUAUCAGAUACCAGCAGCCCCCCUCACAGCUCAGAGCUCAGGCCCCAGCCCCCUGUGACCCCACACUCCCAGGAGUCAGCUCAGCAACUGUGGGCCCAGGGUGACCACUCAGAGAGGUGGCAGACCCUUGGGGACUACAUGGCAGAGCUGCCACUUACAAAGGGCACCCCUCCCCUGGGACAUGUGCCCACACCCCCCUCCCAGGCCUCCAGUGUCCAAGCCACACCCUCCCGGCUUCCUACCCCUGGCUCUCAGCCCCACCGGAAGAGGCCACGGAUGGGCUUCUGAGGGCACCAGUGCUGCUCCCACUGAGCCCGUCCUCCAACGUGGACCAGCUGUCCCUUCCUCAAAACAAACAGAACUUCCUGGUGUAGAGCUUUCUGCCUCUGGAAUGCUAUUGGAGACCUAGAAGAAAGCAGCUGGAACCAGGAGCUGAGUUGAAGGAUCAGGACAAAGCAAUAGUCUGUGUUUUGGACAUCUGCCUACAAACAGACCCAGAAGCCUCUGGGAAAAGGCCUGGUGUGAACCAGUGUUGCUGCUGUUCCUGGAGACAGCAGGGCUGUGCUGGGAAGCAGGGCCCUUGUGUCUCCCAGCGUCUCAACUUCAGGAAAUGGGGGCACUUGUCCCACGUGUCUGACCUGGUGGCACAAGGCCCCAUAGCCACUCCCUGGCAUGGCCUCACAGGACGAGGGGGGCAGGCAUAGCGCAGGCUGGCAGCUUGUGAGGCAGAACAGUCCCGUGUGUGUCUGUAGAGGGCAACACUUGGGUGCCAGGCUCACGGGUGGAAUAAACCUGGCAGCCGAAUGUGA